AUGCUGGGUUACACAGUUUUCCAAAAGAUUCUUCCACCGUCAUUGAUUCGGGAUCUGCGGCAAGCCAGUGACAGGGCGAAAGCAAUUGCCCGUGAGCAAAGCGGUCCUCAAGUGCAGCGCCUCCAACCUGUUGUAAGCUACGACCUUGACCAGCAGCCCUUCAUUGACUACGCCAAUCUACCGCCACUAGUUGAUGCCAUUGCCAAGGUACUAACGCCGCGCCAUCGUCAUGGCGAUCGAGACCACUUCGGUAUUCUGUUUGAACCUGCGGAUAUGCCAUACUGCACGCCAUGGCAUCGAGACUGGCGUGAUAAUGCCGCAGGCUUACCGCUCUCAAUGUGGGAUGAAGUGUUCAGCGACAUUAACCAUUUCAAUCAGAUUAACUGCGCCUUGUAUGAAGACAGUUCGACAUGGUUUGUUCUGGGUAGCCAUCUGAGGCGAGACUUACCAGCAGAAAUUGAACGCUUCCCGGAUCGACCGAUACCGAGCGUGGACCUUGAUGGCAAGUCCGCUGAAGAGCGGGAACCACUCUGCCUCGAAUACUGUCGCAGUAUGCCCGGGGCGGUACAGUUGCAUCUAGAAGCGGGAGAUUUCGCGCUCUACCGAAAUACACUCUGGCAUCUGGGCAACUACGUUCCCUAUCGCAAACGGGCAACGUUACAUGACAGUGCUUGGACGCCUGAGUUUGAGGCAUGGUACAAGAAAGCGCGAACCGAAUCGAGCAAACGGCGUGAAGCUGGAUUCGGUAUGGAAAAUCCAAAUCUCAACGCUACCAAUAAAGCGGCAUCAACACCCGUUUAA